UGUAAACUUUUUGAUUUAAUCGAAAACAUUGUUACAGCUUUAUUGAAGGUAACUUUAUUUUUAUUUUAAUAGAAUAAAGUCAAAUAGGUUAAGCAUGUUGCUUCGCAAGAUGGGUUUUGGCAAACAUUUCAGUAGAAACACCAAAUUGGAAAUUUGUACUUUUUGAAUAAACCAAGAUUCCGGUUUAUAUUGCUUGACUUUCUUUUUUAUAAUCCAAAUUAAAAGUAGGAAUAUUCGGUGCUUAAAGGAUAGCUCUACUUCUACGAGUAUUUACCACGUUCUUUCUUUCAUCAAUCUUCAUACUGACUAAAUGUAAUCCUCUUUCAGGCCUUUUACUUCUAUGUAUUUUUUUCAAUUUUAAAGUAAGUCAAUUUACUACAGUCAUCAAACAAUGAAAGAAUUUUAAAAGGUACGAGCGUGCGCUUUUCUUCUCAUUUGGAAUCAACAAGUAUUUAGCCUUCAUGCUCAAUUCUAAAAAGAUUUUUAUAACUGAAUCAGUUUAAUUAAAAGUAUGUAGUAACUCCUUUGGCUUGGCUAGAAGGUCCUGACCUACAGAAAAGCAAUAGGGCGAACAAGCUAAUCGUUCAUCAACACUAGCUUUUAUGAAGGGAUUGAUUUUCUUUCUUUCUUUCUUUCUUUCUUUUUUUUCUUUUUAAAAAGAAUUACGGUGAUAAUUGUUGUUCAAAUUCAAUUGAAGUCGAAAUUUUCUCUUCUACAUACUGUUACUGAUGAAGUAUCAGAUUGAUCAUCGCACUUGAUAAUCUAUUGCAAGAAAAUGAAGGCAUUCCAAUUCUGACCAUAGUCGAACACAAAGCUACGAUAAUACAGAGUCAAAGAAUAAAGUAUCAACAAACGAUAUCUUGAGCUACACAUAACUCAUUCCUUUUGUAAAAUAUCCGAAACGCUUCCCCAAAAUUGUAAAUAAUUGGCCUUUUUUCUCUUUAAAACUAUAUCUUAUAGAUAAAAGAGGGUUUACUCUUACAUUAUUUAUAUAUGGAUGGCUCAUAUUCUAGUGAGGCGACUUUUGGUGCACAAGAAGAUUAUCCCACAUCACAACCAAAUGUGUGCAUUCCUUGUGCGUUAGGAACAUGUCUUAUUCAUUUUCGAGAGUUUUCAUCCUCCAGUUUCGUUGAUCCGGUUUCUCUAUUUUGCUUAGAUACAUAUCCGAACACUGGCCGAAUGCAACCUACAAUUGAAGCCAGUAAACGCACUGCUAGAAAUAACUUUACCUCUAAUCCAUUUCAUUCUAUUCAUAAAGGUCUAUAUCCUGUUCCGAAUCCUCCUUAUGUCAAUGCUUUGCCUGCUGAAUCCAAAGCCAAAGAGAAAGAAACGGUAAGUUCGUUACUGGAUUCCAAUCCAAAGGUAUCUACAGAAGGAAACGAAAUUUCUACAUUCCAUUAUCCAAAUAACACAUCAGCACAGGCUUCUGCCCUAAAUGCUGAUUUUUUUGAAAAACCCAAGUCGUCUUCCAAACCUUAUUAUUCACCAUCUCUGUCUCUCUCGUCUGAUUUCUCACAGGACUAUAGUCCGUACUGUAAUUCAACGUCUCAUCCAUUGACAAGCGCUGCCGCUGAUACGACGCCCUCCAGUCAACAUGUCGAGAGAGACUCAUCAGAACACACCCAGCAAAGUACAUUGGAGGAGUAUAUGGAUGAUCUUGGAUUCGAUGAUUCUUUAUCGUAUGCUUAUAUUCUGAACCCUACAUCCGACUCUGAUGUUGAUUUAAUACGCCAAUACUUUAUUUCCAAAGAAGGAUCCUAUUCCAUCAACAACAUGCAUAUCAAAUAUGUCUCAGCAGAUCCUAAAACACCAGUCAUGUAUAUGGUCGAUCCAGCCUACGAACCGACCAAGCAGGUAGCUCGGUACGAAAAGCUUCAAGAAAUAUUUGAAUUUCUCGAUGCUACUGUGGACAGUGUUCUUUCUGAAAAGUUCAUUAACCUUUACUUUCGUUAUAUCCAUCCUACGUAUCCAGUUGUUCAUCGUGAGCGAUUCCUGUUAUUAUUUAAUACAGCAAAACACAAAAUAUCGCCAAUUUUGUUAAUGGCAAUGUAUGCCGCAUCAAUCCUGUAUUGGGAUGCUGAUGAGUCUUUACGCAAUUUUCCUCGUGUAGACUCGAAGAAGCUUUGGGAUAUGACGGAAGAGUCACUGAAUCAGUCUUUCUCUUUACCAAGACUUAGUACAUUGCAAGCCGCUGUUAUUUUUCUUGCUGGUAGACCAUGGAUCAAUGUUGCUGGUAAUUGGAGUAUUUUGACAAGAGCCGUAGCUUUGGCUCUUAUUCUAGGGUUUCAUCUAGAUUGUUCCGACUGGCAAAUUCCAGAAGAAGAAAAGGUUUUGAGGAUACGGACUUGGUGGGCUCUUUUCAUCAGCGAAAAAUGGCUUUCAAUGUAUAUUGGCAUAAACACAAGCAUUCGACAGGAUGACUAUUUGGUUCCUCCAUUGAGCAACACUCAAAUGUUGCCAUCUGAAAACAUGUAUGCUGAUUCUUUUAAGGUGUUUAUGAAAAUGUCAGAGUUGAGUGUUUUCUUACAAACAAUCUUACAAAAUCUCUUCACAGUGAGAGCCGUCAUGAGCAUGUCAAAAAACAGACGUACUGUUGCCCAAAAAAUUGGAAAAUACUUAGCAUACUUGGAUGAAUUUACACAAACAUGCCAGUUCCAAGCGGGUACACCUGGUGCGUGCUCUUUAUACCUACAGAUCGACGCUCUAGAGCUUUUACUUCGUCGGACGGCUCUUAAAAUGAAACUGACGGAUCUUCGGUUUCAAAACGACAUGUUGACACUCGUUGAGCGGUGUAUAACUAGAUUUUUAUCCAUAGAUGAGAGAUUAUCUACUGAUUUUUUCUGGCCUUAUUCUCAAUUUUAUUUCUGCAUACUCUCAUCUUCUAUUUUAAAGAUGUAUUUGGACUUUGAAUUUAAUGAAAACUAUAACACGCGGAUUAUGGAUUUACUGACUCGUUUCACAAAGCAUUGCGUAUGGUUAAAACGUAGAAAUUUUGAUCUUAUUUUCAUGGCAUAUAAAAGACUAAACGCUUUGUUGUUGGAAUUAAGCACAGACCGGCCACCAAUAAAAAAGUUAUUACAAGCAGCAUUUGAAACCAGGAAACGAACAUUUGAUUCAACGAUGUAAGCGAAUGCAUCCGUUGGAGACAACCAAGAGGUUUACUAAAAAAAAGGCUUUGUUCAUUUAAUUAUUUACAACAUGAGAAACAUAAGGUUCUCCAUCUUAAUUCAAUACUAAUAACUUAAUGAUAUCAAUGGUUUCACAAAAAAAAAG